AUGACACACAGCUUCACCCUCACCAUUGAGGGGCAGGCUGGAAGACAGGUCGUGACUACCUCAGAGGAAUUCAUGAGAGCCUUUUCGAUAAAGGGACUGAAUCAAGUCAGACCCUCAAGCUUAGCCCCUCUGGCAGUGUUCAGGAAAGAUCAGGCAAGUGGACAAAAGAAGGCAGGAAUCAGAACUGCAAAUUCAAAAUUCAUUGCUACUGGUGAUCUUGAUUAAGAGGUGCAGUACAAAUGAUCAAAAGACGAGAAAAAGAAGAAGCACUAUGAAACCCUUGUCUACAUUCACUUUGAUUCUGAGGGAUGGCCUCUGUCCUGGGACUCCAUUACAGACGAACCCCUUCCGACACUGGACUCUUCUCCGGCAUGCUCAACCGACCCACUGCAUGUUUCUUUGGCCUUUGGAGUUUCGCUAGCCCUGGCCUGUGUCUGCCUCGGUGAGGUCCACCUCAACCCAGUGGUUACCCUGGCAUUGGUCGCAGGCUUAAGGGUGAGUCCCUGGUGGGCUGUCCUGUUGGUGGGAGCCCAGCUGCUUGGUGCCCUCAGCGCCUGUUCUCUGCUGUUAGGCAUUACACCAACUGCCCUAAAGAGCAACCUGGGGAUUAAUGAGGUAAUGUUUCUGAUCCUACAGGUUAUAUGUCCAUAUGGUUCUCUAAUAUUAUUCUGACAUCUUUGUUCUGGCAUUGUCUGAUUUCUUCAGAGUAAGUGAGGAAAAAGCAAGAUGGGGAUAGAUGGAUGGAGGGACAGAGAGAGAGUUUAUAAUAAAACUCCACUUACCCUCCUUCAGGUGGCCCCGGGGGUAUAUCUGUAUCAGGCUCUGUUAGUGGAGAUGGCUGUUACGUUCCAGCUAGUGCUAUGUGUCCAGGCUGCCACUCAUCCCAAAUCAGCAUUUUCCUCUGUGGCCCCUGCAGUCAUUGGCCUGUCGGUCACCCUUGGUCAUCUCAUGGCGAUUGGCUUCACAGGCUGUGGAAUGAAUCCUGCCAGGUCAUUUGGUCCAGCUGUGCUUACUAUGAACUUCCACAAUCACUGGGUGUAUUGGGUGGGGCCUUGUGCUGGCUCUCUCCUUGCCUGGGUCCUGCAUGAUCUGGUGCUCCAUCCUCGUUGGAACUGCCUUGGCGAUUGGGUGAAAGAAUGUAAGGAUGUGCUCCUGAAAGAUCUUUCAAAGCAGCCCAGAGGUCCUGAAAACAAUAUGGAAGCAUAGUCAUUCAAAUAAACAUUGUAUCUCCAUGCAAAAUUGUUUAAGGCAUCACUGACUUAACAUUUUUUAGAAGUCUUUGCUAAAUAAAGCAAAUUAGCACAUCCUUAGACCAUCCAUUACUGACAGAGAUUGGUGGAUUGCAGGUGUGUAAUUCUGAGCUAAGAUCCCUAUGAAACCAUGUAAUCAGGAUUGGUCCAAACAGCAUCUAAUCUCUCGCUCCAUUGGUGCAACCAAGCAGUCUGUUUUUGUUAUUGUUUUUUUUUUUUUUUUUUUUUUGCAUCAGCAUGUUCAGAUAAAAUUAGCUUAAUUUUGUAUUAGUUUAGCUUCUACUGUGUGCUUUAUGGAAACAUAAUCCCCUUGCACUUGACUGUUUCCUAUCUCAAUGUGUCUGCCUCUUAGGUUUAUUAUCUUUGUGUAGUUUUAGCAUUUUAAUUAAUUCAGUGCAGUACAGAAAGUAGUCAAUGUCAGAAAAUGACAUGAAAAUCACUCUGGGCUUGUUGUAACUAUUAAGUAUCUGUCACUUUGUUGUUAUUAGGCUAAAGUAAAAAGAUUGUCUUUUGGGAUUCAAUAGAAAUGCAUAUGACAUCAAACAAAAUAUUUAAUGCUUAUCCAUGCAUCCCUUUUUGAAACUAACCCGCGAUUUCACAGACGAGGCUUAAGCCAGUGCUAGACUAAAAUGCAUGUUUGAGCUUUUUUAACUGAAUGUAACUCACACUGACAUAUCUUAAAAUAUGUCAGUGCCAUUGUUUUGUCUCAAGAUCCACACCAGUAAUGUUUUUUUCUAGUGAACGUUUAUCAAAGCUACUUAA